CAAGCAAAGCAAAGACUAUCAAGAGCAAAAAGACAAUGAAGACUAUUGUAGCUAUUGUUCUUCUUGCAUGUCUGGUUAUUAUUGAGGUGAAAGGGCAGGCCAGGGUUCCCAAAGGCAGGUGUCUCUGUGCUGACAAAGGAGUGAACAUGGUUUUAGUGAGAAACAUUGAAAAGGUUGAAAUCAUCCCUCCAAGUCCAUCUUGUGGAAAGCAGGAGAUUAUUGUAACUCUGAAGAAAGGUGCUGGUCGGAGAUGCAUGAAUCCAGAGUCUAAAUUCACUCAAAAUGUCAUCUUGAAGGCUCUUGAAAUGAGGAGCCAGCCAGUCAAGGAUUCUCAGUGAAUCCAGAUCAGCCAUUGUGUUGUGCCACUGAAGAACAUACAUAACACAUACACACAACAUACUUCAGAUGACUGUAUUCAUACACUGCUUAAAUAGUUUGAAGUUUAUUACAAAAAUGUUAAGAGAACUUAGAACAUAUAUUGAUAAUAUUUAUUUAACCAUUAAACUAUGGAUUGUAAAAAGCCUUUAUAUUUUUGAUUAUAUAAUAAUUUUUUUUUCACAUAGAUAGG